AAUUUAUUUUCUGUUAUAAAGCAAUAUGUGGAUUGAAAAUCAAUAAAAUAUAUAUUUCCUGAUGCAUUAUUAGAAUACAUGUAUUGUAUUAUAUACACUGUGUAAUUUAUCUUUGUUUCAUUUCUGUACUCCAGUCCAGCAGGUGACAUGUGAGCAGAUGUGUGAGGAGGAACUACAAGCGCAAUUCGAUAGCCGGGGAAGAUAUUUGGUGAUGCACACACGGUACCACGUGAGCUAAUCGAGCAUUCAGUCAUCGAGUAACAGAAAUAGCAGCUAGCUAUAACUACAGUCUUUGGACAAAUACAGCACCCGGCCCAAGUAAAUAACAUUUUUGGAAGGACUAUUCUCCGACCAUGCCGACUGACACAAAAAGGGUACGUGGCCCAGAAGUGUCUCAAAGUCCAUCUCUCUUUCUGUGUAAAACCGCGGUAAAGAAGUCCACCGCUUCGAACGACGCCAGGGUAGAUGGCAGGCAGCGUGGUCAAGUGGAUGUCCGUUCAGUUUUUGUCCGAUGUGGGCUGAUCAGUCAAGCCAAAGGUUCAGCUUACAUUGAAGCUGGGAACACGAAGCUCAUCUGCUGUGUUUAUGGUCCCAGAGAGACUGAGCGUAAGGAUGAGACGGAUAUGAAAUCCGGAAGACUGAUUACUGACAUGAGAUUUGCCCCAUUCUCUUGUCGAGAGAGAGGCUCGUGGAUUCAAGGUAGUGAUGAAAAGGAUCUGUCACUGAUGCUGUUGGAGAGCCUGAGGCCAGGAGUGUGCUUGCACAAGUAUCCUCGCUCUCAGAUUGAAGUCAAUGUGAUGGUCCUUGAAAACGACGGCUCCGUCCUGGCACAUGCAGUCACCUGUGCGUCCAUGGCACUGGCGGACGCAGGUAUAGAGAUGUACGAUCUGGUUCUUGGAUGCGCAGUCCGUCAGGAAGGUGCCACAUACCUCAUCGACCCUACCAUUCUAGAGGAAAAUGGUUUCAACUUGGCCUCAGGAUCCAGGGAGAAUUUGGGAAGCCUGACAGUUGCAUUUCUGCCAAGUCUGAACCAGAUUUCUGGACUACAAUCGGAUGGCGAGAUGGGCGUGGACACCCUGACUGGGGGUGUGCGCACAUGCAUUGAGGGGUGUUUCAAACUGUACCCUGUCAUUCAGCAAGCACUGUCCAAGGCCGUGCGAAGAAAAGCACCACCAUCAGAGAGCUGAGAGACUGAAAAAUGUGUUGCAUGAUGAUCUCUAGCCUAGGCAGCUGAUCGUCUAGGUUUGAUGUCCAUUCCCGGUAUUACACUCGUGUCCACCGUGGACCGGCUCGUACAUAAAGCAUUCUCCAUUCAGGCUGCAAAAGCAUCAUUUUCCUCAACUAGUUUAAUGGUGAAAAGGCCAUUUUCCACCACCAUUUUCGGAUUUCCGGACAAAUUACGGUGUUGCACACCUUUGGCUGAACGCAGUGUGCAACAUUGUACUUUGUCAGAAAAUGGUGGUGGAAAAUGGUGUUGCAUAAAGAAAGUACGCAUAUUUCCCCCGUUUUUGUUUUCAAACUUCUCGCCAUUAAAGCUAGUUAAGGAGGAAAAUGAUGCCUUUGCAGGCUGAAUGGAGGAUGCUUUAUGUACGAGUGUAUUACCGGGAAUGCACAUCAAGCCUAGACAAUAGUGCAAAUCUAGCACACAAUCGGCUGCCUAGGCUAGAUGAAAAAAUAAGCUUUGUAAAAAUAAGAAAAAGGCAGUCAUAACAUUUGUCAAUUUUUACUGUUUGUUUUGACACGUCAGACUCCAUGCAUACAUUUUAAAAUAAAUCAUUUAUUAAAGUAAGACAUAUUUCA